AGAUAGUUCCUUCUUAUGUUAUAUUUCUAAAAGAUUUAGUGGAGGCUACUCUUUAGUUAUGUUUUGCAGGCUUCUCAUUGCCAUGGCUUCUCUUGCUGCAGAGCAUGGGCUCGAGAGUAUGCAGGCUUCAGUCGUUGUGGUGCACUUUAAGCUUGUUUCGAAAGGGACAGCUGACGUUCCAGGAUGUGGCCAUAGACUUCACUCAAGAGGAGUGGGAAUGCCUGGACCUCGGUCAGCGGGAAUUGUACAGGGACGUGAUGUUACAGAACUACGGGAACCUGGCCUCCUUGGGGCUUGUGUCUAUGCUGGACCUGGUUGCCUUUCUGGAGCAAUUGAAGGAUCCCAGGAGUAUGAGGAGAAUGGAGACAACAGCCAUUUACCCAGGUAGGUAUGAAUGGAUGAAGAUGAUGACUCAGAUGAGAGGUCACCAGCAUAGAUUCAAUGAAUCAGGUCCUGGGAUUGCAUUGAGCAUGGAGCUGGACCCGCUGUGGUGCUACGGGGCAGCUCAGGCUCUGUCCUGGCCCAGCCCCCUUGUGUAG